AUGGCUGUCGCACAACCCGCAAAGUCAAAGGCUGCUUCGAAGCACAGCAACAAUGCAAACUCAAAGGCAAAGUCACAGAUGCACCGCCGUUCAAGAACAGGUUCGUCGUCCUCUCCCAACCCGAAUUAUACGCUCGGCGCCUGGUGGUCACUUACACGGCCCACCUCCGGCUGCGCGUGCUGCUAUACCUGCAGAUUACGGCGAAAGAAGUGCGAUGAAGGUACUCCCAUGUGCACAGCAUGCAAGCAUCUCGGCCUCGCAUGUGAAUACAAGAGGCCAAUGUGGUGGAGCAACAACGACGCUAGGAGACAGCACAAGGACGACAUCAAGAUGAUCAUCAAGCGCAAGAAGCUUUCCGAGAAGUCUUCGCACACGAUCCAGACCUCGAUCAACUCGCCGCCCGGUCUAUCGCACUCCCUUCCCACGUCUGCAACCUUCUCGGAUCCUCUGGAUCGCACGAGGUCGGCGUCGAUCGACUCGCACUUCUCCUUCAACUUCAACAGCACGCCCCAUCUCCCCGAGUAUGAUGUCUACAACCCACAGAUACUCCCGUCGCAUUCCGACUUCAUGUUCGGCAUGUCACCCUACGAGAUCGAUGUCAAGACAGAGCGACAAAUGUUUGUCAACGAUGUCCCAACGAUACGGGAAUCGACGGUCUCAACUUUCAGUACCUAUCACACGCCGCCUCCCCCGGGCACUGUUCUUCCCUCUUAUCCUAUGGAUGGAGAGUGGACCGAACAGGUGUACCAAGAGCGUCGAGAAUCAUUGACAGAAGAGUCGUUGAACGUCAACUUCUUUGACUUCGCACAUGGCCCAGCAAUGAACUCGAGACAGGUCGAUAUCGAGCUAGACGAGAAUGACCAGCGACUGCUAGACCAUUUCAUUCAAUUCGUCUUGCCGACCAUCUUCCCGAUUCUGGAGACGAACCAGCAUGGAUCUGUCAGCUCCGAUCUCAUCCUGCCUGCUCUACAGAACAACAAGGGCUACCUCCACUGCUGCCUCAUGAUUGCUGCGCAACACUGCAAGGCGACUAUGAACAUUCAGGGGGAGGAGAUUGACAACGACAUCAUGCGACACCGACACGCCACCAUAUUGUCUCUUUGCGAGGCGCUGAACAGGGAUGAGAACCAUCAGCAGAUCCUCGAAGCUACCCUGGGUCUCAUCUUCUUCCAGUCCUGUGUUGGCCGAUACGACGAUUCGCUUCCUGAUAUCCCGUGGCACCAGCACUUCCAAGCGGUACACUCACUGGUCAGCAAGCUUGACUUGCCACGGAUUGUUUCCGACCAGGCUGAGCAAUUGGCGCAAACCCCCUUCAACAUGACCUUGACUGCCUGGAUCGACAUUCUCGGGGCUACCAUGAAAGGUCGAGCACCGAAUUUUGCGCACACCUACAGAGAGAAGCACCUUUCAACAGUGAACCCCUCCCUUGGACUGCGCGAGCUGAUGGGCUGUGACGACCGCGUCAUGUACCUUAUCUCUGAGAUUGCCUGCCUCGAGGCGCUCAAGAAAGAAGGCAUGGACGAUAUUACUCUCUGCACGCAUGUCCACGCGCUUGGUGACCAGAUCGGCCUGACUGAAGUUGGCGACAGUGGAGCCAAGAUGCCAUACAAUGCCAAUGGCUCCCUGAGCCCAAAGCAACUGAGCAGGAACAUCACCGCCGCUUUCCGAAUCGCGGCUCGCAUCUACCUCUGCAGUCUGGUCCCCGGGUUUUCACCCAGCCAGGCCAGCUGCGUUGGCCUUGUGGAAAAGCUUACAAGCGUUCUUCAAUACAUCCCGUCUGGACACGCGGGCUUCGACCGAAGCCUUUCUUGGGUAUACCUCGUCGGUGGCUCUGUCAGCGGAUCGAACUCGACAUUCCGGCAAUUCUUCGCGGAGCGCAUUGCAGAGCUUGGCGAUGCCUCCUGCCAUGGCAGCUUUGGCGGUGUGGCCUCACUGCUACAUGAAGUCUGGCAGCAGGCCGACAGCUUCCAGCCGAGUCCCAGUGCAACUGGCACCGCGGAGGCACCGUACAUCUCCUGGAGAGAUGUCAUGCAAAUGAGGGGAUGGGACUACCUGCUAAUAUAG